GCAGCUAUCGCAGUCAUUGUUGUGAGCUAAUGCAAAGCUAACCAAAAUAAAUACACUGUAAGGAAUACAUAUACAAAUAUGGCGAUAUAGAAAGAUUUAAAGAACAGGUUUAGCUAUAUCCCAGUGGUUGGAAUACUAUAAUGUAUCGUCGGCUUCGCAAAGAUUCAGCAUUGAUUAGAGAUUUACUUCAUUGUAGGUGAGGUUAGCUACCAGAAGAAGAAUACUAUCUAUUCUUCCGAGUGAGAGGCUUUUUCUGUCAAACGUCUGUCAGAAAUGUUGGGGUUUCUGUCAGCAAGGCAGUCUGGUCUAGAUGACCCUCUGCGACUGAAGCGAGCAGAGUCAACGAGAAGGGUCCUCAGUCUACACUUAAACCCUGACAGAGAUGUGGAUCGAAUCCAUGGAAACGGCAUUAAUACCAUUGACAUUGAAGCAGUGGAGGGAAGAUACAUGUUGUCUGGAGGUGCAGAUGGAGUAAUCGUCAUCUAUGACCUUGAAAACUACAGUGGGAAACUGCAGUACACCUGUAAGGCAGUCUGCACGGUGGGCAGGUCGAGCCAGUAUGUUCACAAAUUCAGUGUAGAGACGGUCCAGUGGUAUCCCUACGACACAGGGAUGUUUGUCUCUAGUUCCUUUGAUAAGACAAUGAAAGUCUGGGACACAGAGACUUUAAAGCCUGCUGAAGUGUUUGAGUUUGAAGGCAACGUCUACAGUCAUCACUUGUCUCCAAUUGCCAGGAAGCACAGUCUCAUUGCAGUUGGCACUACAAACCCUAAAAUCCAACUUUGUGACCUGAAGUCUGGCUCACGGAUUCAUGUUCUUCAGGGUCACAGAGCAGAGGUACUAUCUGUGCGGUGGUCCCCUAGAUAUGAGCAUAUCUUAGCCACUGCCAGUGCAGACAGCAAGGUGCAAGUAUGGGAUGUUCGUCGGGCUUCAGGUAGUCUAUUCACCUUGGACCAGCACAACGGAGAGAAGUCAAAAGCCUCCUCAGAGGCAGUAAACACAGCCCAUAAUGGCAGAGUAAACGGUCUUUGCUUCACUGCCGAUGGCCUCCACCUCCUGACCACUGGAACUGACGACCGUAUGAGACAGUGGAAUAGUGCCACUGGGGAAAACACGCUGGUAAAUUAUGGAAAAGUCCCCAACGAGAGUCGUAAAAAACUUCAGUUCACAGUGUCUCGUGGCUGCAGCCCCGAGUUCGUGUUUGUGCCGUGCGGCAGCUCAGUGGCAGUGUACGCCCUUCACACGGGACAACUGGUCACUAUGCUGAGAGGUCACUACAAUAACGUUGACUGCUGUGAGAUCCACCCAGACUACCAGGAAGUGUACAGUGGUGGUAAAGAUGGAAACAUACUUGCAUGGGUUCCUGUCCUCCGGACUUUAGAUGUGGAAGAAGAGUCUGUUCGUGAAAACAAGGGUGCAGCUGGCCUGUCUGCUGUGAACCCUGCGUUUCAAGAUGCCUGGAGCAGUGAUGAAGACUAAUGCAGAUAUUUUGAAUGUGUGGAUAAGCUGAGCAUGCAAAUGACAUGCAUUUAUCACAUGACUUGCAUUUAUCACAAUUACUGUGUAGGAAGAAAGCAGGCGGAGGGACCUGUCGUUAAUUAUGGGUUUUGUCCUAAUGCAAUUUUGUCAAUGGGAUGAAUGCCGUAAAAGUGAAACUGUAAAUAAUGACGUAUGAACAAUGGUUUGAAUGUUUGUUUUCAUACAUCAUUUUGUAUUUGUUUAUAUGAAAGCAAAUCCAUCACCAGCUUUUGUAAGAAUGGUGAUUUCCAUGUUUCUUUUCCAAACAAAUAAAAUGUUUUAAGUAA